ACAUGUUAAAACCGCCGAUGGUUUAUGGCAGCUAUCAUUUCAAAGCAAAUCUUUACAGUGUUAACACAUAUAUAGUAAGAACAAAAGACAGACGGAAAGGAAAAGCUAGGAUGAAAUAGCAUUGACUUAUUGUUACAAGAGUAUCAGAUUGACCAUGGUUAAAUUUAAUAUGUUUCACGGUUACACCCUUGCCCACAUUCUCAUAUUUUUAUCUUCUCUCGUGGACGUAACGUACGCUGGAGAACUCGAACAUGCCUUUGCCGGAUGGAGUGUUCCAGAUCGUAAAGAGAAUUGUGUUGCGAGUUUUGAAGAAGUUGUUAUAACAGAACCUGGAUGUCGAAACAAAACUGUUCGAAUUGGACGUUGUCGGGGUAGCUGUACGUCAACUUUUAUCCCUGGUCACGAUGGAGUGCUAACAUGUUCUAAUUGCGCGCCAAAUGUAAUCUCUGUACGCAAAGAAACAUUAGAAUGUGACUGGGGGACGAUGGACAAAGAAAUAAGAUCGUUUUCUGAGUGUGCGUGUCAGAAAUUUAGAUGUAUUGCACCGGCAGUUACCACCGACAGGCCAAAAGUAUUACGACCAUGUCGUCAAAUUUGUCGUAAGUGUCGGAAAACGAGGGAACAAUUUUAUAAAUUACGAAGAAAGUUGGAUAACAAUACUAGGUUAAGAAAAACUUGCAAAACAAAAGUUUGCUUAUCUAAAAUUUUACCGCAUAAAUCACUGAAGACAAAAAAACGAAGAAAGAAACUUCUGAUGAAGAAAAGAUGCAAAAAGUGUACGCAAUGUAAAAAAGAUAAAACGAAGAAAAGUUCCACUUCAGGAUAGAAAGAUUUAAUACCUGUAUAGAUUAAAAAAAAUGUUUAAGUUAUAUCUCAGUCGGUUUUUUAAAUACAUCGUUUUAACAUUUCUCGGCGGAUAAAAUACGCAAUAUUUAGUUUAGAUAAAAUACGCAAUAUUUAAUAACUUGAUAAGCUUAUGAAUCUUUAAAAAACGAUUUGGUCUGCGAGUGCUUUUAAAAUACUUCUUCUGAACAAAAUAAAUAGGAGAAAUUGUUACUGUUUUCACAUUUUUUUUCUACGAAAAAUCUUUUGAUUUUUUUAUAAUUAUCGCAAGAAAAAAUCAAAAGCUUUUUUAACAGAACUUUUUCGAUUGACACUGGUCUGUCAAUCCAACAUAAAUUAUGCAUUUGUAAAUAUGUCAUCAUAAUUAUCGUAAUUAUCACUAUUUAAAAUAAAUUUCUACAUUGUAACCCAAGCAUUUAAUUUACCCCUUUGUGUCAUCCGAGCGUUC